GCCAUGUCGCUGUCCAGGAUGGCACGCCUUCCUGCCGCCGUCGCCCGCGGUGCCCUGCGCGGGCCCGCGCCGUGCCCCGCGAGCCGCCGAGGCUUCCUGGGCGUGUCCGCCGCGCGUCUGCAGGCAAAGGGCGACGUGAUCGGGAUCGACCUAGGCACCACGAACUCCUGCGUGGCGGUUAUGGAGGGCAGCACCCCCAAGGUCAUCGAGAACAGCGAGGGCAUGCGCACCACGCCGUCGAUGGUGGGCUUCACCUCCGACGGGCAGCGCCUAGUCGGCAUCCCCGCGAAGCGGCAGGCGGUCACCAACCCGGAGAACACGGUGUUCGCCGCCAAGCGGCUCAUCGGCCGGGCCUUCGACGACGAGGCGACGAAAAAGGACAUGAAACACCUUCCAUACAAGGUGGUCAAGGCGCGCGCCCGUGACUCCCGCUGGCAGACUGCUGGUGCCCACCACCACCGCACCACUCCGCCUCCGCCUUCUUCUGGCUUCCUUCCGGAGUGCUGUUGCUCCUGCGCAUGCACCUAUACUCCGAUAGCGAGUCUGCCCACCCAGACCGAGCCAACAGAGAAUACACGAGAAGAGAAACACGUUCCAGGAUUGUUGUUUGUCGAGCGAGGGUAG